GCUUCUUAUGUUCUGCACAACAACAUGUCCUCGGCAUCGUUACCGCCAGCGCUGGCCGCCCGCCUUGCCAAGCGAGGCAUCAUCCAGAGUGCGAAAGCGAAGAAGAAAGCAGAGAAACAUCGCCAGAAGUUUGUCCCAUACGAGGAUGACCUACCGGACGGAUGGCACCCUGUAGUCGAAGUGCGAACUGGGGACAUCUACUUCUGGCACAUGGACACAAAUGAGACGCAGUGGGAGCUCCCGACGGAGGAAUCAGAGCGCAGGCGGAGAGAAGCGUGGGAACAGCAGCAGUACCAGCCCAUGUACGGUCAACAACAGUACAUGCAACAGCAACAGCAACAACAGGCAAGUGAGCCGCAGUCAGCGGCUCUCGCGUUUGCGCAGGCGCGGGGAGGAGCCACAUCAACGAGCACAGCGCAGGCGUCGUCCGAAGCGCCACUGCCGACACCGCGGCCCGCCUUUGGUAUGGGCCUGAUGCCCGCAGCGCCGCCCGUCAUGCGCCCACCGACACAGCAGCAAUACCCACCACAACCCCCACCACAACAACAGCAACAGCAACAGCAACAACAACAACAAGGGUCAUUGCUUGGCGCGGCGCCGAUGACGGCUGCCGGCCCGCCGCCACCGGGUGGGUGGCAGGGCGGCUAUGGUUCCAGCUACGGUCCCGGUUAUGGUGCUGGCUAUGGUGCGCCGAUGCAGAUGCCGAUGAUGCCACCGCCACCGUACCAGCAGCAGCAGCAACAACAGCUACAGCCACCACCGCGACAGGAGCGUGUGCGAAUGCAGUAUGCGAUGCCGGGUGCACGGCCCUCGGCGAAGAGGCAACAGGAUGACAGCGACAGCGUAACUGGUGGCGGCGGUGCAGGACAUCAAACGAAGAAGCCUGCGUAUUCAUGACACGAACAUCUGUCUGUCUGUAUGUGUGUGUGUGUGUCUUGUGUCUGUGUGUCCUUGUGGGUGUGUCUGUGCCUCUGUAUGUGUAUGUGCCUCUGUAAGUGUGUGUGUGUGUGUGUCAGUGCGUGUGUCUCAUCCUUGCAGCACCAAUGCCACCUCGCUUCUUGCUUGCUGUUGCUUGUCUGUGAAUGAAUAAACGAAUGAACGAGUGAA